UGGAAUGUAUGUUUGACCUAGCUGGGUUCAGGAAUAUAGCAUAAUAAUUUGUACUCUGAAUUAGCAUUUUCUGUGCAUUAUUAUGGUGUUACUGAAAAUUAAUAUACCAUUGAGUGGAGAAAAUUAUUACAUGUAUAGGUGCCCUUGAAAGAGAACUGUAAUUACAGCCGGCUUCUGUUUAAACAAAGACAACCAUCAAAGUUGAAAUGAAUCUGAGAUGGGCCAGAUUAUAUUAUGUUCAAUGCGUUAUUUGUCUAUGAUAUAAUGCCAUUACUGUGUAGAAAAGAAAGAAAAGGCAAAGAAAACAGACUAUAUUAGACAUGGAGAUAAAGAACAGUAUUCAAGCUCAAAAGUUCAUUAAAACAGUACAAAUCAGGAGAAGAGCAAACACAGACCUCUAAAACAUCAGAGAUGGGAUCAGGUGCCAUGGAGGAAUAAGCAUCCCCUGCUGAAGAAGAUAAAGUCAUACCCAGUUUUUGCCAGUAUGUGUCUGUAAAACUGCUGAUUAUAAGGAAGUUCUGAAUACUUAGCAAUGAAAAGAAAUUAACAAGAUCCUGGAGGGACCCCAAACCCACAAGAUGUCCAGAAAGUUCUACAUUCCGGAGGACAGAAGCCAUUUGAACCAAUAAUGUCCAAAAUACAUCUUUCUGAUGUUCAGCACCAAAAGUCCACAUGAAGCAACUUCCUGGAUGGUGUGUAGGGUGUUUGUCAACAUGUAAACCCCACGGGUAUUUUGAGGAGUAGUCUCCCCUGUUAAAGAUUAAAGGCAGAUCUACAAUGCCGCAUGCAGUCUGGUCAUCAACAGAGAGUUUUGACACCAGUAUACUUGAUUUCUACCAAUCACUUGUAACGUACCUUUGUACCUUUGGGUGGACAGAUUUAGAGGAAACCUAAAGUCCCCAUCUGGUGUCAUUGAUGAUGGACCACUCUACUUCCUUUUAAAACAGGUGCCCCUACAGAUUCACAAAAUUCCAGUGUUGAGUUUCCAUGACUAUUCAUCCACGAGAGUAAAAGGAAUAAAGUUGACAGGACUUAUUUCCACAAUUUCCCUGGUAGCAGCUUAUGAUGGAACCAACAGCAGUAGACAAACCCCACUUUAUCAAAGAUGCAGCAGCACUGUCUCCAUUACUGAUGAAAUGGGAUAUGAUUAGUGGACGGUCAUCACUUCGUAACUCACCAACACAAUUAGCGGCCCAUCUCUUCUCGUCUCCAAUGAUGGUCUCCGGAGGAAUGGUUGCAGUGCAGUCUUCAUGUCCUGGGCAUGUCUGUUGCAUGUUGGCGGCUGACACUGGUGCAAUGGUUUGCACCAAGAAGCAUACCACGCAUACCCUCUGUUGUACUGGUACCCAGGUGACUGACAGCCAUGGCCACAUUCAGCUGUGCAGCUCUUCAUUCCCUGCCAGAUCUUCUCACCUCUUCAUGAAGGUUUUCUCGGUGACUGGUAUAGUGGCACUUCUUACAUCGGAUGGAAAGGAUCCAUGCCAGGCCUCGUUUUUCCUCCCCAUGCUGAUACCAGUCCAGUGGACCAUCACAGUCUGGAAACUUAUGUGUGUGCAUGAUGCAACUUCCUGGAUGGUGUGUAGGCUGUUUGUCAACAUGUCAAACCCACAAUCAUGUGUUUCAGAGCUUUAAGUGAAAGUGGUCUGUCACUGAGUCAACAAUUACUGAGCCAAUAUUUGGUGCCAUUGAUUCACAAGCUGAAAAAUAAGGACAAAGCCAGCCUAAUACCAGACUUGUGUUGGACAACUGGAGCCUUGCCUUGUAUUACUCAAACUGGAGCUAUAAUGGGGAUGGAGUCCAGAGAUAUUUUCCCUAUG